CUCAUUUUUGAUGAUGAGGGGGGUGAAAGAAAUAUCACCUGUCUCCUCCUCGCUUCCGCCUGCUACGAUAAUUUGGGCAACGAAGACAAGGCCGUGGACACCGUGCACAAGGUUCUCAUGUUGGACAAUAAGAAUCUAACUGCCUGGCAUGGACUUUGUAAAUUCUGUUUGAAGGACCCAAACCGUUUUCAUUCACUCACUCUUCAAUGCUUCAUUCAUCUAAUACCUCAUUACGCAAGUGAGGGGACCCCAAAGAAACGUCUUGAAUGUAUGACAGAUUUUCUCCAUGUUCUCGUUCGUUAUCGUUUAGAGCUUCCGCCUGGGUUACCACCACUGAGGGAAUUGUGCAAUCUUGUCCUCGCUUCCGACAACGCCGACGCCUUCGCCCUCGAAGCUAGUAUUCGAUUAUUGGUCGAAUCAGCAAUCUUUUCUCCAUCGUUGGAAGAUGAACAAACCUUUGACGGUUUUGUAGUCAGUUUUGCUGGUGUAAACGUCAAGCGAACUGACCUGAUUUUACUAAAAACAUACACCGAACGACUGAGCGGUUGCCUAGACAGAGGAAGCGACACCGCGUACUUUACAUUAGUGCUUGCUGAAUCCUUCCUAGAAACGUGUCGCGCUUUGGAUGAAGGGAAUUUUGACUCUCUGCGGCAGCCUUUUAGUCGUUUACAGGGGCUAUCGGUGCGUGGACUUAAGGUGGGGGAAAGGUGGCAGCGGCAGGGUUUCCUAGACGUACACAUAUCGGCGCUGGGUGCGAUCAUCGCAUAUGCACUAAACGAUUUCAUUCGCUGUGAUUUCAUUCUACGGGAUUUGAUGGACUUUUGCCGUUCAAGUUAUGCACAAGUGGCUAAGGAUCUCGCCCACCUUACCAGUUUGCCAAGUGCACCUCCGAGCACCAUGACAGACUUUCUAACACCGCGGCUGCUCUACACUCCUGUUCGUAUUUUUGGCAACUCUUUGUCUCAAGACCAAACUCCUCUUCAUCGUGUGUUCGGUUGGGCUGGUUGCCUACUUCUCAGUAACGUCGCUAAGUCAAAUUUCAGGCACUUGUUGGUCCCAGCAAUUCGUUUCUAUUCAGCAGAAUGUUUGGGUGCGAAAGAGAAACUUACUUGGCCUCUACCUCAGGCAGUUCUUUUCACGGAGUGUUGCCUUUUGGUGGAUGAUAUCGCUAGUCUACAGAAUUAUGUAGAUUGUUCAUCCUCAGCUGACCUAUCUGCAAAUUAUUCCAUCGAAGUAACUCUACGAGCUAAGUUGGUCAAAUUCUGGCUCUCUCUACGGUGUUGUUAUUCGGAUCAGCUAGCUAUCCUUCAAGGCAACCUGGCAGACUUUAUAGAAGAAAGCGGAUUUUCUGCGCACAAUCACAGCUUAGCCGGCUGGUUGCUCAUGAAACUGCCUUCGGCUCCAGUGGAUACGAUUUUAGACCACUUCAAUCGUGGGAUCAAACGGGACAAAAACUAUUAUCUUAAUUAUCUCAAUAUUGGUCAUGCUUUUCGUUUGAAAAAAAAGGAUUAUACACUAGCAUGGGAGAUAUUGGGACAGAGCUACAUGGCACGUGGAAGCUUUGGAAUCGCAUUGCAGUCUCUGGAAAAGUCGAUCCAACUUGAUCCUAACCGUUUGAUGGCUCAAAUAUUAUACGCUCAAGCCUGCACCGCUCUCUCUGACUACUCAACUGCUCUCACGGUCUACAGCCGCAUCACAGAGCUUAUUAAGCGUCAGAAGCUUCACUCUUUAUCUCUUCUUGCCAAAAAAGGAUUAAUUGAACUGAACGUAAAAUUAGCUACUCAGGAUUUGAUUAAUGGGAUGCGAACGACAGCGCUUGAUUACAUAGAGACCGCUCUCUCCCACGGUUCGAGUAUUUUCCAGUCCAUACCGUCGAGCAUACCCCAAUGGCUCUGGUACUACAUCGGCUAUGCAUUGAGCCUCCUUCUUGCCUUUCAUGACACCAAUUUAAAAGUUCGCGUUCCAAAGGCCUUCGUAUGUCUUAUGAAGUGUUCUCAAAUAACCGGUGAAGACGAGACAAUGUGCCUACUGCGAGUGUCCACAUGCAUUGAUAUCUCUAGCAUAAUGAUGUCUCUUUUUCUCAAAUCCUCCACGGGUGUUGCAAUGGGACGUGAGACGCUUCUUGCAUGGAUAUGCUUGGGUUUGUUGGAGCUCUCUCGGGCUACUUAUGCUCAGACGGGGGACGAAAGGGAACUAGCUAGACCGCUUUUUGGUGGGCUCAGGAGUUUUGCUAAGGAUGGUCGGCGAUUCCUCUUGCAAUCAGAGGCGUGCUUUUUAAGGGCUCUUCAGGUUUGCAAACAGCUGCAGCCUGGUGACGAUCAGUUGGCCGCGUUCGCAUGGUUCGGCUUGGGCUCCGUCCUUGCCUUAGGUGGAGAUUUUGUGGCGAGACAAUCAGCAUAUUGCUUUGCAAGGGCCUUUUUACUCUGCAGCCAGUUUUUGCACGCUGGUGUUUCUCUUGCCUCAAAACUCCUUGAAAUGGAUCGAAAAGAGGAUGCUCGUCGGGUUCUUGAUAUGUGUCAGCGAAAAGAUUCCCAACAUCACGGCUACUGGCUUGUCAUGGCCCAACUAGCCUCUGUUAACCCCCAAAGAACUGCUGCUGUUGCCAGGCUUGGUGAUUCUGAUGAAAUUCAGUACCUUCUACAAUCUACCAGCUGUGGAUUCAAUCUGGACGCCCUGUGGCAUAUUCUGCCAAGAAUCUUCCAGACAUUCAAAAGGUCUUUCACGAAUGGAACCAACGAUUAUGAUGAGCAAAGCAUAAGGUGGUCUCAAAUGAUUGCUGCUGAGUAUCUCAAUCGAUGUUUAGGCAAGUCACCUGAAUCAAAACUCAGGACGUUUUCUUAUUUCGCCAAGACUGUUGAUCCCAUAUUUGACCUCAUAAUGUGUUAA